AUGCAUGAGAGGUCGCCGGGGCCAUCGCUAGCCGCCACGCGCCUCCCCUCCCCCGCCUCCCUGCUCCUGCUCCUGCUCCUCUCGCUGUCCCUGCUCGCCGGGCGGUCGCACGGCUGGUGGUGCCGCGAGGACGACGAGGGGUGCUCCCUGAUGGGGUUCAGGGGCGACGACUUGCCGGUCACCGGUGGCGGUAUCAGUGAAAAAGGCAGGUUCAGUUAUGGGUUUGCAAGCUGUGCUGGGAAAAGGGCAUCUAUGGAGGAUUUCUACGAGACAAGAGUGGAUGAUGUUGAUGGAGAGACUGUUGGGUUGUUUGGCGUAUUUGAUGGUCACGGCGGAGCUCGAGCAGCUGAAUAUGUGAAGAAGCACCUUUUCAGCAAUUUAAUCAAGCAUCCGAAAUUCAUGACAGAUACAAAGGCUGCUAUUGCUGAAACAUUCAAUCAUACCGAUUCAGAGUUCCUGAAAGCUGAUAGUAGCCACACCAGAGAUGCUGGCUCAACUGCCUCAACAGCUAUUCUUGUCGGUGGUCGCUUGGUGGUUGCAAAUGUUGGUGAUUCUAGAGCUGUUGUUUCUAAAGGAGGGAAGGCUAUUGCGGUUUCCAGGGAUCACAAACCUGACCAGACAGACGAGAGACAGAGAAUUGAGGAAGCUGGAGGCUUUGUGAUGUGGGCUGGGACAUGGCGUGUUGGUGGUGUUCUUGCUGUUUCUCGAGCAUUUGGUGACAAACUUUUAAAGCAGUAUGUUGUCGCUGAUCCAGAGAUCAAGGAGGAGGUAGUUGACAGCUCACUUGAAUUCCUUAUCCUUGCUAGUGAUGGGCUAUGGGAUGUUGUAACUAACGAUGAAGCUGUUGCCAUGGUCAAGCCAAUAGAAGAUCCUGAGCAAGCGGCGAAGGGACUACUUCAAGAAGCUUCUCAAAGGGGCAGUGCUGACAACAUCACUGUCGUCAUUGUUCGCUUCUUGGACGGAACGACGACGUCUGCCGGAGAUGGACCAAGUGAGGAGGUCGCCAAGGACCAAAGUGAGGAGGCCGCCAAGGACCAAUCUUCAUAG